AUGUAUAUAUAAAAUUUAGGGGGUUCGAAAAGGGUCUAGGUUUCAUAGAAAAAUUUUAAAAAUAGCAAGUUGGUUCUAAAAUUAAAAGCUAGAAAUCAACAGUAAGUUAUAAUAUAAUGUGAAAUUGUAGUACUUGGGAAUGGGAAUACAACCUUCCCCAGAUGAAUGCAUCAAGUCUACACUAGCCUUUUGUUUAUUGUCAACAAUCUUCUACUACUACUAUUAUUUAUUAAUCAAUAAUUAUCAACCAAGUUUAGUUUUAUAGUAUGUGUGAUGUGUUUACUUUUAUUCUUGAGUGAGAGACCGAAAAGUAUGUGAUGUGAAGCAAGGUUCAUUGAUUAGUAGGAAAUAAAUAUAUAAAAAAUAUCUAAAAGAAUAUAUAUUAAAGAUUAAUUAAUAAUGCACAUCCAAUCAUGUGCACUUGGUGUGCAAACAUUACACCAAUUAUCAAUAUAUAUAAAUCAGCAAACAGUACAUAUUAUAAAUAUUACACUUGCCAAUAUAAUGCAGGAGGCUACAGCUACUUAUAACUCUUUCUUUCUCUCUGCAUGUUAGUUGAUAUAUAUAUGCACUAUAGCUAUUUGUUUGUGUGUUUGCAACUAGCUAGGAAUUGAGGGUGAGAGAGAGAGAGAGAGAGAGAGAGAGAGAGAGGUGUAUGGUGUUGUGAUUGAAAUUAAGAAAUAGAGAUGGGAAUUAGGAAGUGCUCUCAUUGUGGGAACAUAGGCCACAACUCAAGAACUUGCCAAAUAAUAAUUAAUACCACUUGCAGCGCAGCUCCUGCAAUCAUCAAUGGCGGUGAGGCCGAGGCUGAAGAUGAGGGUGAGGGUGAGGGUGAUGGGGUCUUCUUCUUCAGGCUGUUUGGUGUGCAUCUUGAAUAUAUCUCCUCUUCCUCUUCCUCUUCCUCUUCUGCUUCUGCAUCUGAAUCUGAUUGUGCCUCCUCGUCAACAUUAAUAAGCCCCAAUACUAAUAACAAUAUCAUCAAGAAAAGCCUCAGCUUGGACUGUCUGCAGCAGCCAAAGACCUCCAAUUACUCGCAACCAAUGAAUCAUUAUCGUUAUCAUCUAACCUCCUCUUCAUCAUCAUCUUCAUCAUCUUCCCCAUCUCUCCAAAACAGUAAUACCACUUCUACUACAUCCAUUGCUUAUCUCUCUGAUGGCCUCAUUGCUCGCCCUCCCGACACAAGGAAAGUUGGUAAGUGUGCAGGGCGAGCAGGGGUUCCAUGGUCAGAAGAGGAGCACUGGGCGUUCCUGAUAGGGCUGGAGAAGCUUGGCAAAGGAGACUGGAGGGGCAUCUCCAGGCACUUCGUCACUACCAGGACUGCAACUCAGGUUGCCAGCCAUGCCCAGAAGUACUUUCUCCGACGACGACAAACCCCCACCUGCACCAGUUCUACUGCUCAUCUUCAUAACCACCACCACAAGAGACGACGCUCCAGCCUCUUCGACCUCAGCCACCACCAGGUUGGAGGAGGUGGUGACGUCGACAUUAUUAAUGCAGGUGGCUAUGGUGGUUUACGCAUAGAUUUGAAUUCUUCUGCUGCUGCAUCGUCAAUAUCACCCAAUAUUUCGUCAGACGAAGAAUACAACAAAACCACUGCACCUUCAGGAGACUCUUCCUCCACAUUCUCAUCCUCCCCAAUUACUCCAAUGAUCACUACUGAUAAACUGGAGCUUAAACUCUCAUCUUCAUCGUCAUCGACGAGAAUGGGGGCGGGGGAGGGGCCUAUCGCCGUCACCUGACUGUCUUCUCUGUCGGUCGGUCAUAUCAUCCAAUUAUAUAUAUAUAUAUUAAUCAAAUAUAAAUGCAUGCAUUUCUUCCUUCUAUUUUCUCACUCCACCAAUAUAUAUUAUUAACUAACUGUGGAUUAUAUAUAUAUAUGUAUGUAUAUGUAUAUUUGCAGAUCCACAUGCAUGCAUGAAUCUUGUAUUAUUAGUUAAUUAAUUAUGUAGAUAUACACAAAUAGUAAAGUUGCACUGCAAUAUGAUGCCUAAUAAUUCCACUGGUUGCCCUCUUUAUUGAUUGACAGUGAUCUGUGCUUAAUUAAUCACUAUUAGUUGGGCUGCAAAAUAAUUAAUGAUGUAAAGGACAAAAUUUUAAUCUUUCAUUUGAUAAACUGAUUCAAUUGUAAAGUCAAUGACUGAUGUAUAACUAAAAGGACAAUUAUAUUAUUUUA